UAUAUUUGGUAUUUAUAGAUACUAUUAUUUUGUGAAGGAACAAGAUUUACACCAGAAAAACACAAAGCAAGCAUGGAAUAUGCUCGUCAAAAGAACUUGACUGAAUUGAAAUAUCAUUUGCUUCCAAGAACUAAAGGAUUUAAUUAUUGUGUUCAGCAUUUAAAGAAUAAAACACAAGCUAUUUAUGAUAUUGAAAUUGCAUUCCCCGAAACGCCCAAGCCUACGAUGCUAAAUAUUUUGUUUGGCCGUAAAUUAAUUGGUGAUAUGUAUGUUAGACGAAUACCAAUACAAGAAAUUCCUAUUGAUUCAGAUGAGGAGUGCUCGAAAUGGCUCCACGAAUUAUAUCAGCGAAAGGACAAAAUAAUGGAGGAAUAUCUUCAAACUGGAAAAUUUCCUGGAAAAUACAUAGAAUUUUCUCGUCGUCCUUAUCCCAUUAUCAAUAUGAUUUUUUGGUCAUUAGUAGUGGGAACACCUUUUAUUUAUGGUUUAUGGUUAAUGUUUCUUUCUGGAAAUACUGUUGUCAUCAUGAUUGCAUGGACGCUUGUUAUAACAGUAAUGACGGGUGUAUAUUUACUUGUUCGUGUUACAAAAGCUGACAAAGGUUCUGCCUAUGGCAAGACUUCACCCACUACAGCAUUGCCCAAAACCGACGACGACGAAACUAAAGUGAAGUUAAUGGAAGGAUCGGUAACAAUGGAAACAAUACCCGAGACCGCAGAAGAUCAAGAGAACCUUAACAUCCCUAACGGACACAUAAACGAUGAAGUGAGAGUUUCGUAGAAUUUUGUACCUAUAUUUAUGCAGUAUUUACUUACUCGAUGUGUGUUAAUGCAAAUAAAAUUUAAAAAGUAAAAAAGAUUAAAAGACAUAAAUCUUAUUUUGAAAAAAAGAAAAGAAAGCAAUAAAAAUGUUUUACAAAGUUUAAAGUUUAACACCUACUGUUUGCAUUAACACAUUUUAUAUUGUUUAUAUAUAAAUAUACAUAUUAACAUGGUAAAGGACCAUAUAUUUUUGAAUUUAUAAAAGGAAAAAAUGGAUGCAAUGUAUGAAACCCAUUAUCAUUCUAGUUAAUUGCAAUUAAUGAAAGUUAAUCACCAAUUUCUAAACCAUUUUUUACAGUUCGUAUAAAGACAGAUAUUUUCGAAUUCUGGAAAUUAUUUUUGUAAUGGUAUGGAAGUAGGAAGGUAGCUUAUUUCCAAGUUUGGAAAAAAUUUUAGUACUUAUUUGUGUGAACCAACCGAAAUAUCAAUAUUGUAAUAGCACGUGGGGAAUAAAUGUUUUUCCACAAGUAAUUAAUACUGCAAACUUUGUAUUUUUUUUGUCCGUGGGCAUAUAAAAAUUUUUGAUGUUUUUAUCUUUAUUAAAAUUAAAAUUUGGCAGUAUUUCCAUCAGCCUCAGGAAAUAUUAUUUUUGUCAAUUGUAUAAAAGAAAGCAUUUAAUAAUAAUAAUUUUAAAUUAAGGACAUUUUAAAAUUUCUAAAUCGACAGUGGUUUUUAAAUCAUUUGAAAGUAACUGUUAGUCAUUCUAAUCUCUAAUAAUUUCAGGUUUAUAAUUAAUUGUAAUGAAGCAUCAAAUGAUUUCAUGUAAAUUAAAUUUGUAUAUAUGCACAAAGCUUGUAUUUGGAUUUAUUCAUUCCAUAAUUUUUCUGUGUAAUUCAGAAAUUUCCAUCAAAAUUGAUUUUUGAACAUCACUGUUCUAUUCAGACUUGUUUGUAUUUUCAGUUACUUGUGAAGAAACUUAUGUACUUCAAAUGUUUAUAUUUAUGUAAAUUACUAAAUCUUAAGUACAAAAAAUUUGUUAAAAAAACCAUAAAUUUAUAUAAGAACUUAAGUAAAAUAUAGGAUUAGAUUGACUUAUGAAUAAUUUUUAGUAUUGAUCAAUUUGUCAAGUAAUCAAAACCUAUUUAAAUAUACAAAAGCCAUCAGUUGUCCAGAGUAGUCCAGACAUAAAACAUUUGAAAUAACAUGUUUUGAUCCCCAAAAAACUGCAUUUGCAAACAUUUUAACUAAAUAGAACUUCCAUAAUUUUGUACAAAUUUAAUACUGCAGACAGUUUUUGGUAUAGAGAAGUACUUGUAUAAUUCAAAUUUUAAAACAAUUGCUAAGAAAGUACUUUACACGAACAUUGUAUAUAAUGUUGUAUGCAUACGCUUAUUAUGCACAGUCUAUUUGCGUGCACAUCACAUGUACUUAUAAAUGUUGUAAUAUUAUUGAGAAAUAUAGUACUGUUGACUUUGAUAGUUAUCCACAUGCAUAUAUAAAUAUAUAAUAUAGUGUAUGAGGCAUAUCAGCAGUAUUUCAGUACUAAACAAAUGAUUGCAAGGAACUGUUAAGAAUUUAUAUAUACACGUACAUUAAAAAUACACUUCUUUAUUUGUAAAAUUGCACAAUAUUAUUUUGAUAUUUUUUGUUCCAAUAUCAAAUUAUUUAUUUUCUUACUCUUGUUUUUUUAACUGAAAAUUUUUAUUUAAAAGUCUACCAGUAAUUAUUUUUGUAUUAGCAUACAGUGUUUAGUGCCUUAAGUAAACAGGAAACAAAAAUGAAAUUCUGAUUACAUUCACAAAAUUUUGGGUGCUGCUGCAGACUGGUAGAAAACAGUUAUGCAUUUUUUUUAAUCAUAUUUGAAUAAUAUAGCACACUGCUUACCUCUUCAAAUCUUAAUUUAGAAUUAAAACAAGUUUUGAAUACUGUACAUACAUUUACACUAGGUAACUAAGAAUGCACAUAUCUAAUUUUUCAUAUUAGAGUAGCUUGUCAGUUCAUAUCCUUUGAUUUUCAAUUCUAACAAAAGGAUUUUAUUAAGAGAAUGUUAUAAAAAAAAAAACAUAUUUUUCUAUGUGAUAUUCUUUAUUCAUGCUUUGUUCUAAUUGUGCAUAUUUAACGAUUAAAUUAGUCAGACUCUGUUCUUAUAUUCCAAUGUGUUGUUGUUCCGUAAUCUGUAGCCACGGUUUCUUUUCAUACAUCAAAAGAAUGUAAGAAAAGAAAAAUUAAAAUGUCUAGAUUUAUAAAAUGUUAAAUUUUGUAGUGACUUGUUUUCCAAAUUGUAGUUUUCUAGAAUUUUUAUUUGAAGUAAUUGUCGGUCACUAAGAAUGUCAUUCCCAUUUCCCGACCGAUCAUAUCAUAUUUUUAAGAAAUCAUUGUAUAAAUCAAAUAGGCUUUUUAUAA